GUAGCGUGACAUCUUCAGAUUCCCAAAACAUGUUGACACCCGGUUCAACUACAGCGUUGCGUUUAAUCUGAGUUGUCUAGCGAUCUAACCAGCUAGAGUUACUGACCUUCGAGGAAACAUGGAUUACAGGUAGACCACUUGACGGCUUUACUGGACCACUCACAAUGUCAUCAGCCUGUAGUACAGGAGGUCCUGCAGGUGGAGGGGGAAGUGUUGCCAUGGAAACAUCAAACUUCGCCCAUGUCAUAUUCCAGAAUGUUGGGAAAAGCUUCCUUCCACAGGCAGCGCUUGAGUGUCAUUACACACUCACUCCUUUCAUAACCCCACAUGCUAAAGAUUGGGUUGGCAUCUUUAAGGUGGGCUGGAGCAGCGCGAGAGACUACUACACGUUCCUCUGGUCUCCCAUGCCGGAAAACUACACUGAGGGAUCCACUGUUCACCGAACCAUCAUCUUUCAAGGUUACUACAUUCCCCGUAGUGACGGCGAGUUUUAUCAGUUCUGCUAUGUCACACACACUGGCGAAAUCAGAGGUGCCAGCACGCCGUUCCAGUUCCGCCCGGCCACGCCCACUGGGGAGGAGCUAAUGACAGUGGAGGAUGAUGGCAACUCAGACAUACUGGUUGUAACGACAAAGACCGGACUACUCGAGCAGCGUGUAGAGGAAGUCCAACAAGAAUGCAAAGAACUGCAGAAAGCUCUACGCCUCCUGACGCAGGAGAGAGAUCAGCUUCAGGAGAAACAGAGAAUACAGAACCAGGAACUGCAGAAAGGCCUGUGGGAGGAGAAGGAGGAAGCUCUGGCCAGAGUGAGACAGCUUGAGCAGGACCUGUUAGAAAUUACACAGAAAACACUUCUUAAAGAAACUGAACUUGACUGCUUAAGAAACCGGCUCCAAAAAGUGUUAUCGGAAAGAGACAGUCUGCAAACUCAGCUGAAGAAUGAGAGAGAUGAGAGGGAACUCUAUAAAUCUCACGUGCGGAGUGUGGAGCUGGAAAACACUAAACUCAGUGCUGAGCUGCAGAUGUUGAAGGCGAUGGAGCUGAACAGGGAGGUCACCAUCGCACAAUACCAGGAGGAGUUACACCGACUGCGCACAGAGAGAGACGCACACUCCACCAAUGCUGGUCUCAAAGAGAAGCUGCGUCAGGCUGAGGAGCAGCUUCAAGCCACUCGACAACAGGCUGCCAUGUUGGGCUCCGAGUUACGUGACGCCUCCGGCGGUCGAGAACGCACCAUUGCCGAGUUGUACCGUGCUCGCCAGGAGGCCGAAGACCUACAGGCACAAUUAACUAAAGCCCAGGAAGAGUGCCGACACGCCCAGAAUCAGCUGGACAGGAUGAGGAACCAGGCUUCACAGGAAGUGGGUAGGGUUAGUGGGGGAGUGGGUUUGUCCUCUGAGCUGGAGGCGGAGCUACAGAAAGAGAUAGAGGAACUUAGGCUGCGUCUAAAUAUGGCUGCAGAGCACUACAAAGAGAAAUACAGAGAGUGUCAACGUUUGCGAAGACAGGUCAUUAAACUAACUGAACAACAAGAGACACAGCAGGGGUAUUCUAGCAGGAAUGAUGCCUCUACAGAGACCACACAGGAGUUACACACCCCAGAUGCAGAAACGCCUCCCACGGCUCAACGUCCUGCUGAGAUUAAACCUGCAGUGCAGACAGAUGCUGAAAGACAGAGAAAUGAAGACGGAAAGGAGGAUGAGGAGGAGGAGGAGGAAGAGGAGGAGGAUGAGGAAGAAGAAGAAGAGGAGGAGGAGGAGGAGGAGGAGGAGGAGGAUGAAGAUGAAGAUGAGGAGGAGUGUAGUGUGUCAGUUGAGGCUGAACUUGCGUGCAUGGAGGAGAAGUGGAGAGAGCAGUGCACCAUCAAUGAAAACCUGAAGCUCCUGCUAGCCAAUGAGGAGAAGCGAUUUAAGGCUCAAGUGACAGAGAAGGACAGAGAGGUUUCAGCACUAAGAGAGAGUCUUGUGGUGGUGACAAAAGAAAAGGAGAGAUUGGAAGAGGAGUUGCGGCAGUUUAUGCACAGAGGGGAAGCAGCGGGAGGUCGGAGGUCAGAGGGCAAAGAACCAAUGGUUUUGCGUUACCCACUGCCCUACCCACAAGACCGACCCCCACUUCCACUGGUGCCCCACCAACCUGCUGAACUGCGGUUCGGAAACCCCUACUCUGAGCAGGAGACUCGGGAUGGAGCCGAUGGGGCGUUAUCUCCGGAACAAACCUGUCGGCCCCCUCCUUUGGCCCCACCGCCGUGGGGGGGUCCUGUAGUCUGCAGUCAACCUUCAAGAAGUCUAAGUCCUCCUGAUGGCUUGGAGAACCCUGCUGAAGAGCGGCCUAACGGAGGUGAUGGCGAGGCGCCUGUAGUCUGUGAUCAUCAGAGUCCUGAAUCCAACGAGAGCCCCACUAGCUUCUGCUUUGACACCAGAGCUGACGUCCAUAAGCGCUGUCCUCUAUGCGAGGUCAUCUUCCCACCUCAGUUCGAGCAGAGCAGUUUCGAACGGCACGUCGAGUCUCACUGGAGGGUCUGUCCCGUCUGCAAUGAACAGUUUCCUCUGGACUGCCAGCAGCAUCUCUACGAGAAGCACGUGCACACACACUUCGACGGCAACGUUCUCAAUUUUGACAACUUCGAUUAGUCUUUCUGCAGUUAGUUGAAAAUAAGACGCCUCAGGUGAUGGAGGGGCUUCUGUGUUUUGUCCGACACACGCUAAUGAUGUCACUUUGUUGUAACAGCUGCAAGGUAACUUGUUCGAGGAGGACUCGCCAAUCAGAAUAUUUGAUUUGCACAUAGACGAGCAUUAUUUAGAGGUUAAAAUCUAAAAAGACAGAAAUAAGUUCUAUUAUAUUGUCUUCGGGUGUAAUGUAAAAAUAAAAGAAGAAUUUAAAAGUACCUUUUUAGUUCGACAUUUUGGUGUUCUACUGUAAACCUGCUUGUGCUUUAAAAUGAGCGCUACAGGCUUUGUUGUUACGAGAAGUAUUUCAUAAUUUAAAAUAUUUAUUUAACGGGACCAAUGAUGCAAUGAAGUAUCAUUUUGUGUGACCCAAAAAAGAACGGGCAAAACAUUCACAGUCCUUAAUCCUAAAGUUUUCCCCCAAAAGCAUUGAAGCAGUUCUUUGUAGGAAAAUAUACUGAUUUAAAGGGACUGUUCACUCAAAAAUGAUAAUUUAUUCACUAUCACGUUUUAAAACACCAGUAAUUGUAUUGCAUUGAAUACAAAGUCGGUUAUCUAGCACAUCUUUUCCUUAUGAUGAAAGUGAACAGUAACUAUAGGUAUCUUUGGUGGUCAUCAACUUUCAUUGCAUGAAAAAACAAAGGGAUAGUUCACCCAAAAAUAUUUUUUUGACAUUUACUCACCCUCAUGUAAUUUCAAACCUGUAUGACUUUCUUCUGCAGAACACAAAAGAAGAUAUUUUGAAGAAUGUUGUUAACCGAACAACGGCGGUACCCAUUGACUUGCAUUGGUUUUGUGUCCGUCUAAUAGAAGUAAGUGGAUAAUGUUUGGGUGAACUAUCACUUUAAGGAACUCUGCUAAGGUCAUUUUGUGUUCGAGUGUGUAAAUGACAGAAUUUCAUUUUUGGGUGAAUGGUUCUAAGCUCUUAAAAGCUAUAAAUUCAGUGCAUCAUUGGUCCAAACAUUUUACAUUGUAAAUGCAAAAUUUCCACAUUUGAAUGCACUUUCAGCAUUAUAUUCAUCCUACAUUUUACUAAUGACGUGUAGUGCAAAGGUUUAAUCACAAUUCUCUGCCUGAAAUUCCUUUAUCCAUCACGGCUGAUGCUUCAUACUGAAAAUGUGACAAAGUUUCAUUUACGGUUGCUCUGUGUUUGUGUGUCAAGUGUAUGUUAAAUAAUGAAACGCUAUACCUCCGGUUGUAAAAUGGAAUUUGUCCAUGUAUUGAUGAAUGAAUUACACAUCUAUAGACAAUAAACCACAAAAACAGAGUCACA